CACUUAUCGACCAUCAACGCUCCGGCGCAGCAGGAGCAUUGCAAGAGAGACAAGAUGGAAGAAAAGAAGCGAAAGAGGCGCGACGAGGGAGAUGGGCGGCCGGCGAAGAAGUACACGAUGGCUAGGCCGAUAGGCAAUAUGAGAGUCGAGUAUGUGGAGAAUAACGAUGUGCUUGGUCCGGUGUUAGCGUCGACACCGGGCCUCAAUUUUCCUUCUCACAUAUCCUUCAAACCGUAUAGACAUAGCACCAUCCUCCCUUCUGGCGAGAUUAACGAACUGCUCCUCCGAUCCUCCGAACACCCCCGCCUCGACUACACAGCGCAAGAAGAGAAGGACGGGAGCUCGGAAAGCAUGCUUAAGGACUAUAUCGGCCUCUACGACCCUGAGACGGGAAAGCUACAAAUCGUGCCUGUCAAGAAACUCACUGUGCGGAGCACAUUACGGAGCGAGACGGAAGAGCUCCAGGAAGAAGAAGAGCGCAUAGAAGCAGCAAAACAUACAAAGACUGCAAAGAGGCACGCCUUGGCCGCAGAGUUCGGAUCUAAGAAGUCGCGGAAGGCGAUUGAGGACAUGGCCUUGAACGCCAUCGCGCGGGGCCAGACUGGAGACCCCAAUGCCGUGCAGAACGACGCCGUGGCCUCCAACGUCUUACAAACCAUGUCAGACGCCACAGCCGCGAUGCCAACACGUGACGAUCUCGCCGCCGCAGUGGACAACUCGAAGCCCCGUCCACAAGCCAACCUCUCCGCCGAAUACCCCGUCGACGUAUACCCUCCGGCCACCAUAGUCGGCAGCGAGCUCAUGGAGCUCAUCCCAGUUAAAGACUGGGUCGAUGCUUCAGAGGCGGGUACAGGUGUCCAAGUCGGCAGCCGAUUCGUCGCAAGGCGCAUCCACAAACUCGCCAAGAACAAGCAGAUCGAGAAACUCAAGGUGCUCCGCUUCAUAAUGCUGUGCAUAAAAUUCAAUAAUGCUUUGAUAUCGAAGGGGAAAGGGCCGAAGAAAGUUCCGCCGAAGGGUUUUCUGGAUACGCUUAUAGGUGAUGAUGUGCCUGGCGCAAUUCCCAACACCAUUCGGAGGAAGUUUGUUACGGAGAACAACGACAUGUCCCGUUGGAACAUCGACUACCUCAUGACGCACAUCUGCGCCGCAGCGCUCAUCGUGGACAACAACGAAGUUGACAUUAACGACCUGAAAGAAGAUCUCAAGCUUGAGAACAAAGAAAUCCGACAGUAUUUCGCCGAACUCGGAUGCAAAGUUGCUGAACCGACGGAAACUGAGCGGACGAAGCUCAAGCUUUCGAAGGCAGAAAGUGCCAGUCAUUUUAUAGCGAAGCUUAAGCUGCCAUUGAAGUUUCCCAAAGUGAGGACUGGGUCGAGGAAGAGGAGGUAGAUGAUGGCGUAGUAGUACUUGACAAAAAGAUUGGAGAUGCAUGGACGAAAAUACGACGGCCACUGAGGGACCCUUCGGUGCUUUGACAGACCUCUGCUUGGAGCGUCUUUUGCACCUUCAAAUGGUGAUGACAAUGGAGCAUGGGAUCCACGGUUAGAAAAGACGAAAUGACAUUCACGCCAAGACCCAUGAACCCUUACAUCCCAACUUCCA